AUGACUGCUCAUCCGGUAGUCGACAGUUUCGAUCCUAAACAACGAAUUAUGUACAGAUUGUAUAGGGACUGCACUAAAUAUAUGCAUGGACAACAUGUAAAGGACCUGUCAAAGCUGAACCGUGAUCUUUCGAAAGUAAUCUUCAUUGAAGUUGAUCCAAAAGCGGCACAGCUCAAUCCUGAAAACGUGCUCCUUGUGCCAGAAUGGAAGGGUAAUAUGGACGAUACCUCACUAGUGGAUCUCGCAGAGUUGCUCAAAACUAUUCACUUAUCUGACGUAGAAGAUGUACGGCCAACGCUGCAAUAUUAUUCCCAGUUCCCUGAUCCGGCAAAAGAAUUCCGAAGGAGAGCCAUCUAUCUGGCAGAGCAGGUCAGCGAAUUUCUAACUAUCGUCUCUGUUUUCAUUCGUUUUCAAUUGAGUUGUGUUUUCUAAUA